AUGUCUUCAACAUCACAGCAACCCGAGGCGGCCAUCGCUGCCGCCGCUCCGAAGAAGGAGGACAUCAGGGCCGGCGUCAUGGCCCAGGUCCGCUCCCUCGUUGCUGGCGGCUUCGGCGGUGUAUGCGCUACCCUCGUUGGUCAUCCGUUCGAUCUGGUUAAGGUGCGUCUGCAGACGGCCGAAAAGGGCCUCUACUCUGGCGCCAUCGAUGUGGUCCGGAAGAGCGUGGCCAAAGAUGGUUUGCGACGUGGUCUAUAUGCUGGUGUGAGCGCACCACUGCUCGGCGUUACGCCCAUGUUCGCUGUCUCCUUUUGGGGCUACGACCUGGGCAAGACCAUUGUCCGUGCCACCUCGACCCUCAACCCUGACGGCAGCCUGACCCUCGGCCAAAUCGGUUUUGCCGGCUUCUUCUCUGCCAUCCCUAUGACCGCCAUCACUGCACCAUUUGAGCGUGUCAAGGUCAUCCUUCAGGUCCAAGGUCAGAAGAAACUUGCUCCCGGCGAAAAGCCCAAGUACUCUGGCCCUCUGGACGUCGUUCGCCAGCUGUACCGCGAGGGCGGUGUUCGCUCCGUCUUCCGUGGCUCGGCCGCUACCCUGGCCCGCGACGGCCCCGGCUCUGCUGCUUACUUCGUCACAUACGAGAUCAUCAAGAAGAAGCUUACCCCGACCGAUCCUGUCACGGGCAAGCCCAAGGGCGAGCUGAGCCUGACGGCCAUCAUGGUGGCCGGUGCCGCUGCUGGUGUUGCCAUGUGGAUCCCUGUCUUCCCUGUCGACACUGUCAAGAGCCGCCUGCAGACUGCUGAGGGCAACGUCACUAUUGGCGGCGUCGUCCGCGGCCUGUACAGCCAGGGCGGCUUCAAGGCCUUCUUCCCUGGCUUCGGCCCUGCUCUCGCCAGAGCCGUCCCUGCCAAUGCCGCCACUUUCGUCGGUGUCGAGCUGGCCCAUGCGGCUAUGAAGAAGAUGUUCGACUAA